CCAUCAUUUAGAGGAUCUCUAAGGGCAGAAGUCAGGUCUGUCUUAUUCUUGCUGCUAUUGUUUCAGCUCCUGUGGGUUUCCUGCUCCAUAAUAAAAUCUAUCACAAGUUAAGACUCCUUCAAACACACAGAGCUUUAUUUUACAUAUUGCAGGAAAAAAACUGUUCAGGAUCAACAUAAAGUUCUCUCUUUUGAGCUUCUGAUUCCAGGAAAGGAAGUGAUCAAUGGAGGAUAAAUAUAGUCUAUUUAGGCAAAGAAGUGAGAUAUGGAGAUCCUUGAGAGAUGGAGACUUUGAAGAAGAAGAAGUAUGGGAUGUUUACAAAGACAGAGCUGAUAUUUAUGUUUCUGAAGUUCACAAGACCAGGGACAAGGUUCAAUCCUCUCCUCUUGCUAUCCCUAGGUCCCUGCCAGCUGCAGCAAGAAUGAUCCCAAGAACUAGCAGUGGAAAUAGCAGUGCUAGUUCCUCCCAUGAAGCAAAGGUUCUUCAGCAAUCAGUACCUCUCAACAUUCCUGAUUGGUCUAAGAUUUACAGGAAUCAGCAAAAGAAGAACCCCAAGAAUGUUUCAAGGUUUGAUGAUUAUGAUUACUGCCAUUCUGUUGCUGAUGAAGAUGAUGGUGAUGGUGUUGUCAAUUAUGGAGGAGAAAGUGAUAAUGAUGAUGAUGAUGAAGAAGGAGAAGAUGAUGAGUAUGAUGCAAAGCUCCCACCCCAUGAAUUUAUUGCAAGAAGGCUUGCCAGGAGCCAGAUAUCCUCAUUCUCAGUCUUUGAAGGUGUUGGGAGGACACUCAAAGGUAGGGAUCUUAGCAAAAUGAGGAAUGCUGUCCUCACAAAAACUGGAUUCCUUGAAUCACUCUGAGAAGGGGUUUCCAUGAAUCAAAUUUGUGUUGUAUAGGGGGUUAUGUUAAAAGGGCGAGUCUAGUCUUGGAGCAACGAUAAAGUUGAUGCUGUGGUUACAAGUUCAAGUCGUGGAAUCAAUUUCUUGUAGAAAUGCAAGGUAAGGCUCCAUACAUUAGAUCCACAAAGUGGGUCCGGUUCCUCCCUGGACCUCGCACAUAGAGGAGUUUUAUUAAACUAAGUUCACCCUUUUAUAGGGGUUUAUGCUGUUAGUGAUAGGUUAGCUAUUGAGAUUGUGUGCAUGGUUGUGUUUAUUAGGGGUAAGAAAAAUUGAUUCUAUUUGGCAUUUACCAUGAAAAGGCUAUGAAUCGAUUUGUUUGUUCAAUCUCCUACUAUGAGAAAUUUGUGCUAAUUAAAGGCAAAUAACAGUGAUGGAUGUGCCAGGUUAAGUAUUGAAAUUGAAUCAUAAAACCAUUAUUCAUUCAGAAGUACAAAA